AUGAGCAGUCCACCGUCUUCUCCCUUGAUGGAUCCCGUCGCCAUCAGUGAGGAUCUCACACCGCUGCCGACCCUCAAGGAGAUCGGCGUCGCACAGGUUGACUUCGAUGGCGUCCUUUCUCAAUCGCUCAAGCUGCGUGAAGAUGUUCGGUCAGGGUGCGGUGGGCAAACGUGGCCUGCGGGUAUGCUUCUAGGCAAGCACAUGUUGCGGUAUCAUAGAGACCGUCUCAACAACGCGCGGAUAUUGGAACUCGGAGCCGGAGGUGGCCUCGUCGGCCUCGCCGUCGCCCUCGAGUGCGAUCUUCAAAAUCCUUUGCUAUUAACGGAUCAAACCGAGAUGUUUGAGCUUAUGCAACACAACAUCAAGCUUAAUGGUCUGCAAAGCAAGGCGAAAGCCAUGGUGCUCAACUGGGGCGAGCCUUUACCCGCAACUGUGCUGGAGCAAAAACCAGACGUGAUCUUGGCAGGUGAAUGUGUUUAUUUUGAGCCAGCAUUCCCUCUUCUGAUGUCAACACUCAAGACGCUCUUGGAGUUGAACCCAUCAGCUGUUGUGUACUUUUGCUUCAAGAAGCGGAGAAGGGCUGACAUGAACUUUGUCAAGAUGGCUAAGAAGGCUUUCAAAGUUGAGGAGAUAUUUGACGAGGAGCGGCCGGUAUUCCAGCGCCAGGGCCUGUUCCUCUUCUCGUUUACUCGCCGCACAGGUCAGCAGCAAGGUCAGCAAAAGGCAGCCAGCAAGAGCCAGGGCGAAACCCGAUUGGCGAUGAAUGGCGACAGUCAAGCCAAGGACGUUUCGUCUUAA